AUGGGGAAGCAGAUCAAGCUAUCUUCUUUCUUCAAGGCCAAGGCUCUGGCCAAAUCUGGAAGCAGUGCUAAUGACGGCGCCCCGCCCACCAAGACCAAAAAGGUCAAUACCGACAGCCUCAAUGCCCUGGCGCACUCGACGAGCAAGUCCGAGUCGAGCCCAACCCGCAAGAAGGAUGCGCCAUCUGCUCUGGUCACACCGCCUUCUGCCAAGCCGCAAGUCGAGCAGACACCGCCCCAACGCCGCGUAGCCGCAGUUCCAAGCACUGGAUCCCCCAAAACACCAAAAAGUGAGGUGCUGGCUCAGCCACGUACUCCUAAACGCUCCAAACGCCAAAGUGAGGGCACAGCGUCCCCCGCCUCGCAACCAACAGCAAGCCCCGCACCACAAGUGGACGACUUGGAUAACCUACGGCGUGAGUCCUUGACCCCCGCCACUGCCUCAACCGAUGAUGCCAGCUCUCUGCAGGCACAGCUACCGGAGCUGUUGGCGCUACCCGCUGCGCGGCGGCAGCAGCGCGUGCGACAAGUACUCAUGGCUCAGGCCCGGUCAGCCAAACUCACGCCGCUGGAGAAGCAAUUUGUGGACAUCAAAUGCCAACAUCCAGAUGCCUUGUUGCUGCUCGAGGUGGGGUACAAGUACCAGCUCUUUGGCGAAGAUGCUGCCAUUGCCGCCAAAAUUCUCUCGAUUUACUGCGCGUACGGUCACAACAACUUUAACAGCGCCAGCAUCCCCGUGCCUCGCCUCUUUGUCCACAUGCGCCGCCUUGUUGCGGCAGGCUACAAAGUGGGCGUGGCCAAGCAGACCGAGACGGCUGCUCUCAAAAAGGCUGGUGACAACAAAUCCAAGCUCUUCACUCGUGAAAUCCAUGCCCUCUACACCCAGGCCACCUUGGUUGGCGAGGACUGCGGUGAUGACUUUGAUGAAGACGGCAUCAACGACCAAAACAACCUUGUCUGCCUCCUAGAGGCAGAUCACAACAAGGCAGCCUCUGGCCUUCAGAACACAGCAGACAAUGCCCCCGCAGCCGACGAAACCGCAGAGCAGACCUUGGCUCUUUUCUGCGUGUCUUGUAGCACCGGCCGUCUAGUCCAUGAUCAGUUCUCGGAUGACCUGGCCCGCUCCCAGCUCAACACCCGCCUGACCCACCUGGAGCCUGUUGAGAUUUUGGUUCCCGCAAAUCUCAGUGCACGAACAAAAAAGGUCAUUGCCGCCUAUUGCGAGCUACAACGAGUGCGCGUCCGAGUCGAAACCAUGCCAGUUGAUCGCUACGGGGCGGUUGGGGCCUCAGAUCGUGUUCGUGCCUUCUAUGCGCGUGGCACUACGCCGGCUGGCCCGGCUUCAGAUGCUUCUUUGACUGCCCUCCUCGAUCUCCCACCUCUCUCCGUGCGCUGUGCUGCGGCCCUAUUUGGACAUUUGGAGGAAUUUCGCCUGGAUAACUCAAUUCACAUGGCAGCUUCACUUGACAAGUUUGUGGCCGAACGCUCGCUGCUGUGGGCCCUUGAUCAAACAAAGUCGCCCUUUGGGCGCCGCUGCCUUCGCAAAUGGCUAUGCCAUCCUCUCAUCAAGCCCAGCGAAAUUCGAGCUCGCCACGAUGCCAUUGCAUACCUCUUGACCGAACCCAUGGAGCUGCAAGGCUUGCUGCAAACGCUGGCCGCGAGUCCUGACCUGGAACGCAUUGCCACCAGUAUCCUGCAUGAGCGAGCCAAGCCAUCGGAUGUUGUCAAAGCUCUGCAAACCAUCGACGCCGUGGCGACGGCUACCGAAGUUUUGAUGGCGCCGGCUGUGGCCAGCACGCUUCCCGCCCUCGUGCAUCAGGCCAUCGAGGCCAUGCACCGGCAUUUUGGCGUUGUUCGGACCUUUUUGUUCAAGUUGAAUGUGGCCAGCGCAGUCAAGAAUGACAAGGCCACCAUGUUUGCCGAGGAUACCUAUUUUCCAGACCAAGAACAGUUGCAUGAGACGGUGCGCAAGAUUCACCACGACAUCGAUGGACACCUGCUUGAUUUGCGCAAACUACUCAAGCAGCCGGAUUUGGAGUAUCGUUCCGUGUCGGGAGAAGAGUAUUUGAUUGAGGUCAAAAACAAGGAGGUUGGACGCAUACCCCAUGACUGGCUCAAGAUCAGCGCGACCAAGACCAUGUCUCGCUAUCGCUCCCCUUUUAUCCAACACAACCUGGAGCUGCGUGCACAAACCCAAGAACGCCUCACAUUGGGAGCCAAUGAGGCCUGGAUGCGCUUCAUGCGUGAUCUCAAUCAGCACUUUGAUGUCAUCAUGGCGGGCAUCGGGCAUCUGGCCAUGCUGGAUUGUUUGCAGUCUCUGACAAACGUUGCGCAGCGUGAUGGCUACUGCAGGCCAGAGAUUGUGGAUGAGGGAUCAGUUCUUGAGAUUGAGGCCGGGCGACACCCCGUAUCGGAACUGUUGUCGGCGCGCCAGUAUGUGUCGAAUGGAUGUCAUCUCAAAGUGGCCAUGAUUGCCAUCAUGGCGCAGUUGGGCUCAUAUGUGCCGGCUACCAAGGCUCGGCUCAGCCCCUUGGAUGCAAUUUUUACCAGGAUGGGAGCAGGUGAUGCCAUCUUCCAGGCCCAAUCAACGUUUCAGUUGGAGCUCAAAGAGGCCAGCGAUGCCCUGGCCACCGCCUCACCGCGGUCUUUGGUGAUUUUUGAUGAGCUGGGUCGAGGCACGAGCACCCACGAUGGCUUGGCAAUUGCUUAUGCCACCCUCAAGCAUUUGGUCACUCGAGUGCGAUGCUUGUCGCUGUUUGUGACGCACUACACGGCACUGGCGGAGCUGGCGACCGCGUUUCCAGAGCACGUGCGAUGCUAUCACAUGGCUUUUCUGCAGGAGGACGAGGAUGGACCCAAUGACCACAUCUCUUUUCUUUAUCAAUUGCGGCAAGGUCUGGCAGCGCGCAGCUACGGCCUCAACGUGGCUCGGCUGGCACAGUUGCCGUCAACGCUGCUGCAACGAGCUGGAGUCAAAUCUGAGGAGUUGGAGCAGGAGGUGGCGCAAAAAAGGCUUGGGGGAAUUAAAAUCCAUUCACUUCUGAGGGAUCAUAAUCACCCCGCUCUGAGCAGCAUGUACGGCAUAAACGCGGCGAUAAUGAGAGAUAAUGCAGAAAUAAUCACGUUGAUCGUGUUAAUAACUGUAGAAACAUUUGAAGAAGACUACGAAAGAGCGUUUGCCACAUCUGUUAACACAUACAAGCUUGAAACAAGACGACAUAUUGAGCGAAGAUGUAGCGCUAAAGUUGUUGAAAUGAUUUUGUUUGGCAAGCGCGUCGAAAUGUCAACCACGGCCAUGGAUACCGCUGGCGAUGUCAAAGUGACAGACAAGAUGUCUUGGUGGCUGCAAAACCUAGAGCCCACGGCCAAGAUGCAGCUGCCUACUGACUACCCUCGCUCGGCAUCAGGCGCCUACCAGUACGCUGAGGCGGAGGAGAUUCUUGACUUGCCCGAGAACGUGUGCCGUGCUCUUCUCCAGUACAGUAUGCAGGAGCAGGUUCAGCCCUUCUCCAUCAUCUUUGCAACCGUGGCCAUUCUCAUGCACAAGUACACCCGUGAAGAAUGCCUCCCCAUUGGCACGUCAAGCUCCACUUUCAACCCUUUGGUUCUGCGCGUUGAUCUUAUUGGAGAGAUGCAGCUGCGCGAGGUUGUUCACAAAGUUCUUGAAGCCGAACAAACUGCCGUACAGCACGAAGUGCCUUUCAGCGACCUUCUCCAAAGCAUCACUGCGGCUCGAGCUGGUGCGGGCAGCAUCAACCCCAACACUGACGGUGAAAGCCCCUUUCCCGUUGCCGACGCCAAGCGCCUUCUACCCCUGCGUCUGCGUCUUGUCUACAACUCGGUCUUGUUCGCUCGCCCACGCAUCCAAGCCACUUUGAGCCAGAUUGAAUCAGUGGCCCUGCGCAUCGUCAAGGCUCCGGAGACCACCUUGCAAGCCUGCAGCCUAGCGACUCAUCGCGACACCAACGUGCUGCCAGACCCCAACAAGCGUCUUGACGACACAUGGGAAGGCCCGGCAUUUUCUUUCCUCUCCAAGCAUGCAACCCGGACUCCUGAGCGCCCGUUGUUGGUACACGGCGAUGUCGUCUACACCUACAAGCAGGUGGAUGAACUCUCAAACCGUCUGGCCCAUUACCUGGUCAACAAUGGCAUCCAGAAGGAGGAGCGCGUGGCAUUGUAUGCGCACCGUAGCUCAGCCCUCGUGGUGGGCAUCAUGGGUAUCCUCAAGUCGGGCGCCACCUUUACCGUGAUCGAUCCAGCGUAUCCCAUUGAGCGUCAGACGGUCUAUUUGGAGGUCGCGCAGCCGCGUGGCAUUGUGUCGCUAGCUGCUGCCGGGCCCAUUGGAGAGGAGGUGCAGGCCUACAUCGAUAAGGAACUCAAUCUGCGCUGCCAGCUCAACGGUCUCGCCAUGGAAGGUGAUUUGGGGCCGCUGGAAGGCGAGUCCACCGCACCAGUUGGGGUAGAAGUGGGCCCGGACAACAUUGGCACCCUUUCCUUUACCUCAGGCAG